AUGGAUCCCGCUCGUUGCUUACCAGUUGAAAAUCCGACGGUGCCAUUUUGGCAUAGAGACAUUCAUGAGCUGCAUGAUUACCGGACAACAGAAGACCUUCCGGCCUCCAGCGAUGUGGUCAUAAUAGGCGCUGGCUACGCCGGAAUCAGCACAGCUUACCAUUUAGUCAAAGAAGAGGCCGGUGACAGCAAGACCAAGCUAUCGGUCACCAUCUUGGAGGCACGAGGCGUCUGCUCAGGCGCAACAGGACGCAAUGGCGGCCACCUGCGACCCGACAUGUACAGCCCCAUGCCCAAAUUCAUCGAUCGAGCUGGCAUCGAACGCGCUGUCGAGGUGUCAGAAUUCGAAGUCGCACACAUUAAAGCCAUAAAAUCCUUGGUCGAAAGAGAAAAGAUCGACUGCGACUUCACCCUUACCAGGUCCAUUGAUGUAUGGUGUAACGAAGAAGAUGCCCUCAAGGCCAAGGAAAAAUACGACAUGCUGGUCUCCCACAAUCUGGAGUACAUUAAAGAUGUAUUCUUCGUGCUUGGCAAGGAUGCAGAGGGCAUCUCCGGGGUCAAGGGAACUAGAGCUUGCGCCUCUUUCACUGCAGCUACUCUCUGGCCGUACAAGCUGAUCCUGCACCUCACCAAGUCGAUUCUUGAGACUGGUAUGGUCAACCUACAGACUCAUACGCCAGUGAAGGCGGUCACACGGCAGACCUCUGGCGGGUUUAUCAUUUCCACUGCACGUGGCGCAACCUUUGCUCGAAAAGUGGUUUACGCAAACAACGCUUACGUCUCGGGGCUUCUUCCACAAUACAGCCAAGCCAUUGUCCCCUGCAAGGGGUUUUGCACUCAUAUUUCGGUCCAAGGGGGAACAAGACCACCGUUACUGAACAACUCUUACAUCGUGCGUGACACGGACGGGGUAGUGUCUUAUCUCAUCCCUCGUGCUGACGGUAGCAUUGUUGUUGGAGGAGCGAACCUGAAAUAUCGCCCCUUUUUAAAGCAGUGGUACAAUAACGUGGACGAUUCUAUACUCAUUGACGAAGUUAAAGAUUAUUAUGAUGGUUAUAUGCAGAGGACUUUCCAUGGCUGGGAAGACAGUGGCGCCAAAGUAGAUAAAUCCUGGACUGGGGUCAUGGGGUACAGCUGGGAUUCUCUCCCUCAUGUUGGUGCUCUACCAGGGGAGGAUGAUCAGUAUGUCCUUGCAGGCUUUAAUGGGCAUGGGAUGCCUGUGGUGUUUCUGUCGGCAUUGGGUGUUGCAAAGAUGGUUAGAGAUGGUGUUGCGUUUGAAGAUAUCGGCGUUCCGAGACUGUUCCAAACGACGCGGGAGAGACUCGAGAAGGUCAAGAACGGCCCUGCAGGAGGGGAUAUAAUCGUCAAGGAUGCAUGA